AUGAAGGUUAAAUGCACCUAUAAGGACUGCUUCAAGCAUUUCUCAAGCAGAGAUGCCAUGAUCUCUCACAAGAAGAAAGACCCCGAUCAUAGUUACUGUGACCGAUGCGACGUCGACUGUGAGGAUGACAUGCUCUAUUUCAUCCAUCAACUAGGAAGCCCAGCACAUAACUGCUGUCCAGUAUGUGGCACUGAGUACAAUAGCGUGGCAGCACGAGACAUACACGUCGAACAACAACAUCGAACAAGUCAAAAACUUGAAUGUGCUGGGUGCAAAACUCGCUUCACCUCCGCCGCAGCGCUCAUGUUUCACAUCGAGAGUGAUGAGUGCACAGUGAUCAAAAUGACUGAUUUCCAACUCCAGAGAGCCGAAAAGCAACUUGAAAAGGAAGCAUGGGCUCAAGAGACGAACGCUUUUGGGCUGCCCCAGAUCAAUCCUGGCCAGCAAUCUCGAGAUCAAGCUAGCGCACAACUUGGUUUCAUUGACGACGUACCUGCAUCAAGGGUAGACAGAUCUCUACAGACAGCUAUUGGUGGGCCGAUUUCCACAGCAUCACUUCAACAGUUCCCACUCGUCGCUCCACCAACUGCGCCUACGGCAUCAGACCCUCAAAUCCCUGGCAAUCAACCAAACAAGGCGACAGCGUCUACUAAAGAUUUCCUCAAUCCGGAUGAACCACUCCCUCUUGUCAACAUGACCAACUUACACAUCUCUCAGCGCCCAGCAUGGGCAAACCAUCAGCCAACUGAAGGCGCAACAAGUGCAACUAACAAGAUCGAAGGAUGGCUAGACUCCAUUGGCACUACUGCAAGACCUCCGCAAGAAAACCGCAACGCAGUUGUGUCGAUCUAUGACCAAAAGCUUACUACCAAAGCUUUGCAGGAGAGCAGUGCCCCCACCUUCAAAGGUAUCGACAGUGUCAGCACCAAACCCAGUGGAAAGCAUGAUCAUGUCACCACGCAACCAAGAUCAGUCAUUUCAACCUCCACAGGUCUUGACGUUGAGCGUUUUUGGGAUGUUAUGAGACAAGAAUACGUUUGUCCAGGGAGCAGAUGCAGCCGCCAGUUCAAUGAUGCACAACAGUUUCGUGAUCACCUGCUGUCCUCUUCACAUGUGGGAGGCGUCGUGGUAUGCCCAUCAUGCUUGAAAAGAUUCAGAACUACCGCCGCAUGGGUUUCACAUACGGAGUCAGCAAGCAAGAAAUGUGACAUUCGAAACAGUGCCGACUUCAACAUGGUCAUGCGGGAGAUCACGGGUGGCGUACUAGGAACAUAUGGGUAUAUGGAGGAUGGAACUGUCAACUUCGUUGCGCCCAAGAUCCAAGACUGGUAG